UCAAGCUCUUCCAGUUCUUUCUCUGAUUCCUUCAACGGGGGUCCUAUUCUCAGUUCAGUGGUUUGCUGCUGGCAUUCGCCUAUGUAUUUGCCGUGUUCUGGCUGUGUCUCUCAGGAGAGAUCUACAUCCAGUUCCUGUCUGCCUGCACUUCUUUGCUUCAUCCAUCUUGUCUAAUUGGGUGGCUGUAUAUGUAUGGGCCACAUGUGGGGCAGGCUCUGAAUGGGUGUUCCUUCAGCCUCUGGUCUAAACUUUGCCUCUCAAGGCACUUUUCAGAUACACUGCUCUACCUCAAAUUGGGCAAAUAAGAUGCUGUCUGAUGACUUUUUUUUUUUUUUUUGCUUUUGUGUUGCUCAGAAUCUACUGGUCUAAUAAAUUAAUAUAGUCCAAAAGUUUUUACCUAACAGUUGCAAGCUGUUAGGUCAGACACAAUGCUACUAAAUGAUAGACACAGCUCAAGAAACUUUGGCAGAUUUGUAACAUUACCAACUCUCCUAGUUAAUCAGCCUUUAGCAUAUGUGUGUUUUUUCUGUGGUAACUUCGUUUACAUAUUUGAGACCAUUGUUUGCACUAAAAUACAAAAGCUUUUAUCCAAUUUAUCCUUGCUUUUAAGCAGUUCUAUUCUACUUUAAGAUUCCAGACAUCACUGAGCUUUGACAGCACGGUGAUUUUACUGCAAUGUAUUUCCAAGCCUGCCUGGUACAAUUGUAUGGCAGGGCACAGGGUUUCUGUGAUCUAGUUCAAAGAACCGAAAGUUAAGAACUUCAGGUUAAAUGGGAUAUUUACAAAGGUAGAAAUUUAAAUGAGAUUAGUGAUUUUUUUUUUAAGAAUAUAAAACCAAACCAACCCUUGUGAGACUCCAGAACACAGUGAGCAGGUUAAGAUCCAAAUCUGACUUAGUUUUUAUGCACAAACUCCAGUUUAUUUUCCUUUGAAUUAUUGGUUGUAACAUUGAGAUCACUGUGACUUGUAUAGUUGUUGAAUGAAGCCAUAGAUGUAAUUAUGGUUGAGUGUAGCACCUAGAACCAAGGUAAGAGGUCAAUAAGGUUUGCUAUUGUUAAUGUUUUAAAGAUUCCCAUAAGAACACAAUUGCUGGGCUGGAGAGAUGAUUCAGUGGUUAAGAACACUGAUUGCUCUUCCAGAGGUCCCGAGUUCAAACCCUAACAACCACAUGGUGGUUCACAACCAUCUUAAUGGGAUCUGAUGGUCUCUUCUAGUGGGUCUGAAGACAACUACAGUAUACUUAUAUGUAAUAAAUAAAUAUUUAAAAAACCCAUGAAUGCUACAUACGUGUCCAUCUACAAGAUGUCACUGAAUGUUAAACAGGUAACUCGGUUUUCAGUUGGUUGGAUUUAUUUACAGGGCUUUUUAGAGCUAAACUAACUGGUUACCAUUUGUGCUUGAAGCUAUUGAAUAAGAAAACUGGGCCCCAGGAAGGUAGUGGACUUCAAAUGUUUCCUCUCUAGACACUUUGGGGUAAAGAACAGGAAAAUGCCGUAGUAGAACAGAAGGAUCUACUUGACUGUGCCUCUGACAGGGCUGUAAACUUGCAGGAAGUGAACUUGUCUUAGUUCUCUCUGUUCUUACAUGAUUUCUAAUCUUAAGAGUAAAAUUGUGAAGUUUAUAGACUGUCCUCUCAGGUGCCAAGUACUGUAUUUAAUUGUCCUUUAUAGAACCUUCUAUUAAAGAGCCAUCAUCCUUACUCCUAUUAGACUUUGUCUUACACCCUAGUAUACUGACUGGGAAGAGACAAUGCAAGUUAACUCAGUGACAUCUUAUGACAGAUAAUGGUCACCAAGAAGCACAUUGGAUCUUCCUCACAAUGCACUAUCUAUGUUUCUCCCACCCCUACCUUUCGUGUACAGUACCCUUACCCAGGAAGAGACUGAUGCAAGGAGUCUGUCAGGAACCCUGAGUUAAGGAGCCCAUAACAACCACCUCAGGAUUUCCAAUAGCUCUUGCCACUAUUCAGUGAUGUGCAUCUGGUUGGUGCAAAGUUAAUGGCAGUGACAUUCCAAUUUCACUUACAAGAAGCCUACUCGUGUGUAUACCAUCUUCACUAAGUUCAUUCCUAUCAACUAUGACCCAUUUAUGAAAGUAACAAUAUCCUCUCCAAAAUAUCAGGCUACUAGAUUAGGAGGAGAAGGUGAUGGAGAACUGGGGGACUCAGGGGCUUAAUGGUUGAUGAAGGCUCAAUGAACAGUCCUUUUUUGAGCUUCCACACAGUUAAUGAAGAAAUAGGUGGGUCUGGGCCUUUCAUUCUGAAUGUGUUUAUUCAGUUGCCCUUCUUCCACUCACGUGGUAGGUAGCCCAGGUUUCUGAGUCUGAAAUGAAGUCACACUUGCAAAUUUGAAUACAUGGAGUCACUGAGCCAUCCACCAAGUAUGAAGCAGGCUCUGUUUGGUUUGCACCUGUAGGGCCAGCUCUUGUCCAUAAUUUGCAUUGUGAGUAAAUACUUACCUGCUAUUUGCUUGUUAGGAACUGCUGCAGUGUGUGAGGAGCUCAUGGAAACCCCUCAAUGAAUCCUGGUAGCUUCAAGUACAUAUUGUUGAUUUUGGACUCAGUCCAAAUUUCAUGAAUAUCACUUUUUUCACCUAUAAGACAAAAAUCUCAUCAUCUAACUCCAGUGCUAUUAGUGUGUAUGGAAAAGCUUGGCUGCUGGAAAGUGCUCAAAAUCUCCAGUUUCUUCUUCAUAUCCAUUAGGCGAAGCAUGAUAUGUGGGUGCAACUAAAAUGUUACUGAGCCAACAAUGCACAUCCUCACUCCUAGUUUUAUGAUAAAACACAGUGUCCUUUCCAAGAAACACCAUGGGUUGGCCUUUGUUCUACUUUAGUUUUUACAGUGCCUCCUUCAGUGAGCUAGCUCGGCCUAUUGAAGUAUGGAUAUCAGGAUUUCUGGGAAGGAGAGGUUGAAAGCAGAGAACUUAUUUAUUCUACCAAGGGUGCUCAGACCAACAAAGAACAUGAAGCCAUCUCAGUCACAGUGCUCUUUGGUAUCUGUCCCAGUGAGACAACACUUGACCUUGAGUGUGGGACACUUGGAUCCAAACAUGAUGCUGGAGUAGGAUGGUUUUGAGUGGAAUAUGGGGCAAGGCUUAUGUCUUCAGUCAGUAGUCUUCCUCCCUCCAGCUCAACCAUUGCCUUUUUUUUUCUUUUCCAAGAUGGCACUUGUAGAAUAAAGUUGUGCAGUCUCAUGAAUUAAUAAAUCCCAAAUACCUGUGUAUUUCACCUAUCUUGGGCCCUCUAUAAUUGAUUGCAAAGUAUGUAGAAUAGAUGUGAAUGGCUCUAAACCCCUGGAAAUUGGGACCACCAGACACCAAGCACCUGAGACAUUACUUCUGAACAUUGCCUAAAGCAAAUGGAAUUAUCAAGUGUAAUCUCAUUAUACACCACAUGUGGCUGUCAGACACUCACUUGUCUGCCCACUAAGUACAUGGAGGGUGAGCCCUGUACUGGGCCCUCAGCUGACUUCUGUGAGUAGCCUCUUCUGUACAGAGCUUGAAGGCUCAUAGGAAAUCAAAGAGCAUAUACAAACAGUAACAUCACAGCAAUGGUGCUCAUUAAUUGGGUGAAUAUUCUGUGCCAGAUGAUAUGUUAAAUAGCUCCCUGUUAGGUGAGUGCUACAGCUUGUGGUCACUAAUUCUGAGAGAAAAGAAGAAAAGUGCCAGAACAAAAGACACACAGUGCAAGCAGGUGGAGGGAUACUACUAGGCCCCAGCUUGUGGCUGCUGAGAGGUGGUGCAAGAGUUAAGCAAGGUUUGGCUGCAGCAGCAGUGAGGACUGUGUGUAGUCUGAGGUGGUUUGUGGACUCUGGGGAAAGAGUGGAAUCUGUUGUAAACAAUGGAUGUUCUCAGAAGAGGUGACAGUGUAGAGGAAUGGCACAGGGUGAUUGAGGGCAGGGAGUGAGUUUGUGUGGUUGGCAGGAAGGGUCCCCUUGAGGGGAAGGUGCUGAAAGGGGCUGGGAUUGGAGUGCUGGAUUGGGUGAGUUGACUGGAUGUUGUGUGGUGAGUAGAGAGAAUGUCACACCAUGGGAAGUCAGGAGGAGCAAGGUAAUACUGGAGUCUGGGCUUCCAGGCUUCAAACAGUUAACCUUCCACAGGUUAACCUGGUAGAAUGAAUGGAAUAUACCUCUUUUAAAGUAAGAGUUCAGUGGUAGAAUGCUUGCUCAACAUAUGGAAAGCUUUGGAUAUAAACCCCAGCACCACUGUAAGAAGGAAAGAAUAAAAAGGAAGUAAAAUGUUGCUUCAUUAUUUAAACUUACAUCAUCACAUUUAUGUCAGAAAGCAUUGGCUUUUAUGGAAACUGGGGCUUUGAUUCAUCGGUUUUCUCCAACCAAGUGCACAUGGAACAGCACCAGUGGUCAUUGGCACUAAUAUCAGCUACUUAGGAAAGAAAAUGAAUUUAUUCUGCCUCUUCUUUGGGAAUGGCAGGAUGGGAGGAAAGAAUUGAUGUCUUAAAUGUCGUGUUGAGAGUUGUAGUGUCAUAAUAGAAAGUUGCUUGAGAUCCCGCACUCAUUGAUUGUUAACCAUGAUUCUGGAGUGCCGUGAGAGUGUGUGGAAGGAAGUGGUAGUGCCAGUGUUGCUGAUCCUGUGGUGUGCAUGCACUCAGAUGCUUUGGGUUCACCCCUUCCCCUGGAUGAAGCUGGGCUCUGUCAGCCUCCCACAUUCUCUUGAUUGAGAUCAAUACAGGUUGUCUCCGAGUUUCAAUCUUAAAAUUUCAAGCACAAAGCUCUUUUAAGAAUAAGUUUUAGCAUUUAUCUAUUGUGUGUUCAUACAUACCACAGUACAUGUGUGGAAGUCAGAGGGUAGUCUGAGGUCACUUCCUUCCUAAAAUGUGGGUCCUGGAGAUAGAAUUCAGAUUGAAAGGUUUGGCAGCAAGUGACUUUACUGUGCGUAAUUUCACUGGCCUACAUUAAAUUUCUUUAUAGUUGUUUGGGUAACUUUAUGGACAUUAUCAGUUUAGCAUCUCAUUUAAGUUUUGUUAGUCUAAGUGAACAAAAAGCUUUGUGUCUCUGACUUAGGUCUACCAUGGUAUGAUGGUGGUUUCUGAAAUUUAUUUGUUCAAGGUUUUAUUUGCAGAACAGAAGGUGGAAGCUGGAUAAGAGCUCUACACUCUAGGAUUCUGUAUACUUUGUAUUAAAACAAAUGUGUAUGUACUAUAAUAUUUCUUAAGAGGGAACGGGUUUUUUUCUUUUUUUAAUAUCUGAAGAUUUUAAAAGUUCUUGAGGGAGUACAAAGUGUUCCCUCUGGAGAUGUUCAUGGAGACAGUUCUGACAAGAGGUCACAGUGCUAUAAUCACAUAUGUUUCUAAUUGCAUGUGGAUAUGACACUGCAGCUGGUGGGAAGCUUGUUUGAUGAGAGGGAUUCAAGAAUCAUAUGUAGCUCACUCACUUUUGUUCCUAAGAGAGACCUUUGCAUGGGGGCAGGGAGCCCAAGGUAGUGCAUUUCAUCUUUGCAUGCAGUCACAGCUUCUCUUGCCUAGGAGCCAUAGCUUGCCCUCAUGGUUCUGACUUCUUGGUACAUGUAACUAUAUGGAAGAACAGAAGAUCCCCCUUGGUAUGAAACAGAAAGAACACUGGUGAUGUAAGCUUUCCCGAGAGAGUUGGCUUUGAACUCUAUAGGACUGGUAUGCCUGAGGUAGUUAAGGUUUGAGGGUAUUUCAUGUAUCAGAGGCAGGAUACUUAUAGAAGGAGGUAGCCAGGUACCUCUUGGGCUAAGGACUAACUUAAUGUUGCACUCAGCCCUGAAACACAGAUAUGUAAACAUAUGCUCAUAUUUAGAUGGCUCCCCAUUGGCACUUUCCUUCCAUGAGAACUAGGUAAUUCUUCUGUGGCAUAGUAGCACAUUAUUGAUCAUCUGGGUCAAAUUUAAUCAUAAAUUUACAUUGUGAACCUGCCUGACAGUGGCCAUUGUUAGUGGAUCCAGAAGAUAGAAGCUGCUGUGCUCUGGAUUGUAGGCACAUGUCAGACGAGCUUCUGGGUCCUUGUGGAUGAUGAAAUCUGCUAGGUCCCAUCCUUAGGACGGCAUCAUUAUGAUUUUUCAAGGCAUACCUGUAGAGGGCACAUCAGCAUCCUGUACUCUGCUAGUGUUCAGAUAAAUGUCCAAGAAGGAAAUAGAGGAACUAAGCUUUUUAUCACAGUUAAAUACCUGGCAUGAAACGAAGGGAAGAGGAGUCAGUCUCGGUGUAUAUUUUCAGAAGUAUCAGCCAUACAGGAGAGUCAUAGUUGAACAGAGCAAUUCACAUCAUGGCGGCAUGAAAGCAAAGAAAUGGUGAAAUAGGAAGAGGCCAGCCAAAGGUGUAGGCCCAAAGACCCAUUUUCAGUUACCCACUUCUUCCAAACAGGCCCUGCUUCUGAGCUUCCUCCAUACCCAAAUAAUGCCUUCAUAUCCAUCAAGAGAGUAACCAUCUCAUUGGAUCCCAGCCCUGUGGUUGAAUUGUCUCUGGAAGCACUGUCAUAGACAUAGCUUACUGUGUUUUACUGGUCUCCCAGUGGUGUAUUGACAAUCAAGACUCACUACCACGGGGUGACACUUAGAUAUUCCCAUGGGAGGCUUGUGAUUAUAGGAAAGGACAUGCCCCAACUGGAAGGGUAUAGUUCUGGAAUGUGGACUUGGGGCUGUCUCGAUGUAGAUGAGUAUCCCUGUGACAUGACUCUCACAGCACCUACAUUGUUUCUCUUCCCUGACUGACUCUGCUGAUGCCGAAGGCGCCUGAGGUCCCUGUCUACCACGGCCUCAGAGAUUAUGUACUUGUCAGUGAAUGUUCCUGAGUUUUCUACAACUUUCUAGUGACUUCCUUUUGAGCAUACAGGACCAUAUGAUUACCAUUUCAUCCUAUUUUCAAAGAUCUUUCCUUUGGAACCCAUGACUUCAUAAAAUAGACACAGUAAAUUAAGCCAUUCUUGCUUUUUAUUACCUCUACUACUGACUCUUUAAUAUUUUUAGAGUCAAGCACAAAGAACUCAUUAAAAUAGUUUCAUUUUCAUAUGAAAUAAAUUUUUAUAUUUAAAAAAUUUAGAAUAGUUCAGAUUUUAAAAACCGUGUGUGGAGGUGUGUAUCUAUAAUCUUGGCACUUAGAGAUGGAGUCAGGAGGAUUAGGAGUUGAAGGACAUUCUCAGCUACAUGGGGAGUUGAGGUUUAAAAUGUACAGGCUAUGUGAUAUGUUUUCACAAACCCUCCCAACCAGAAUGUAACUCAGAAUAGUUUCAGAUUUAGAGAAAAGUUGUAAAAUCAUUGAGAUUAUGGUCCUCCUUCAUAUUCAAUUUUCCCCAUUACUCAAAUUUUAUGUUUGUAUGUAUGUCUGUUAUGAGAAGUCAAAAUUGAUGUUAUUAACUGCAAAUUAUAUGUAUUUAGAUUUUCUUGAUUUUUUCUCCCGAUAGCUCUUUUCAACCCAGGGUCUUACAUAACACUGCUUUUUUUAGACUGCUCUGAGUUGUGACAAUUUCUCAGACUAUGUAUGCUUGAUUCCCAUGGUAGUCCAAAGAAGACAUCAGAUUUACUUAACUAGAGUUUAUGGAUUGUUGUGAGCUACCAUGUGGGUGCUGGGAGCUGAACCUGGGUCCUCUGAAAGAACAGGAUUUGUUAUAGGCUGACUCAUCUCUUCAGCUCCUUCUCAAUCUUCUAAAUUUUGCUUUGAUGACUUGAUGGUUUUGAGAACAUAGUGUUUUCUCAAUAGAAAUCUAUGAGUAUUUUACUCAUGGUCAGACUGAUAUUCUAGAUUCUGGGGAGGAAGGCCAUGGAAGCCAAGUGACCUUUUCAUUACAUCAAGGAUGUAUCUGUCAACACAUUAAAUAAGCAAGGAAGUUGACCCUCCCCACUACAUUUGCUGGGCUUCUUCAUUUAACUUGCCUUUCAUGAUGACUCUGUUUCAUAAAAUUAAAAGUUCUUUAUCUUAGGAGAUAGCUCUUAAACCCCAAAUGGAUAGCUACCCAACCAAUUGGCCGACAUAUCCACAAAAAUUUUAAUGUAAACAUUUGUAGGAAUAUUAUUUAGAAAUGCCCCAAAUUAACUUGACAUAUUCUUCAAUGAGUGAAUGGAGACCAGAACUGCAGCCCCCGUGUAACACAGUACUGUUCAAAUAUGCGAAGGAAAGAGCUCUCUAACAGCACAGUUGCAGGGGUGAAAGACGCCGCUGUGAGAAGACUGCGUAUGCUGUGUAGUUCUGACGCUCUGGAAAGGGUGAAAUAAGGGACUAUAAAUAGAUCAGUAUGCUUCCAUUCUUAAAAAUGGUCUUUCCUAUGACUUGUACGUAUUGCAGUAUGAUCCUCAGGCCUGGCUAUACAUGAGAAAAGCUGUUGAGGGUAAACAUAGAAGGGACAGAAACUGUCAAAACGAGGCAAAUUAGUGGUGGUUUUGUAUAUGCAACUUGUCUUCAGGAACAAGUUAGCAUUACCUUCAGAGUUAAAAUUAAAGUUCCUAAUUAUCUUAUUCUCAAAAAUCAUCUCUUUCGUUUUAAAAUCUAUGUAUAUGUAUGUCUGUGUGUUUAUGCUGUGUUUGAGAGAUUGUGAGUGAGGAGGGAGAGCAAGCUGGCUCACAGAGGGUCCCCUUGAGCUGGUUGUGAGACAGUUAAUGUAGGUUCUGGUAAUCUAAUUUGAGUCAUCCGAGAGAGCAGCAAGCACUCUUAAUCAUUUAGCUACCUUUUGGCCCCAAAUUAUCUUUUUAAAAAUCAUGGAUAAUUAUGACCUAUUGAGUUUUUACUGCUUGUGAGUUUUUAUUAUUUGUUUUUGAGAUGUUUUCAUGUAACCCAAGUCUCCAACAUACUGUGUAGUAAAGAUGACCUUGACCAUCUAAACCUCCUGCUUCUGCCAACAAAAAAAUAGGCACUCUGCCUAGUUUGUAUUGUGCUGGGGAUUGAAAAAUACUGCUCUUGCUGUUUUAAUAGAACAUUUCCCGUCAAGAAUGGUGGACACUGCCUUGUUGGGAAAGGAGAACAUAGAGCCUGAGACCUUUUGAGGUGAACCUGGUUCUGAGACCCUUGGUGAUUUGAUUACAGAGGCACAAAGUGCCUUGAACAUUGGUUUCCUGUGAGGAAGAUUAACAAUACUGGAGUGGCAUGUUGUCUCGUAAGCACAUGUAGGAUGCAACAAGUGGGAGCCAGAGUCUUGAAGAGUGUUUUAGGUGACAUUACACAAAAGGGAUAUGAAAAGAAGAGGUCAAAAUUAAUUGGAGCCUACCUUCCCCAGCCUCCAACAGCGAAUGGAGCUGCCGUGGUUCGGUGUAGACUGCAGCCCGGUGAAGGCGUUCCGAGGAGACCUUUCCGCUCUGCCCACAUCGGGGUGUGCGACAUCCGAGAAGCUGCAGCCCGGGAGCGGGCGGCCAGUGCAGCGGGGAACCGGCCUCUGUUUUACUUUCGUUUCGGAGUGGACCAAGCUCUGCCUCAAGAGCGACGUGCACCCGUCACUCCUUCCUCAGCUUCUCGCUACCACCGCCGAAGAUCCUCAGGGUCUCGAGAUGAACGUUAUCGGUCAGAUGUUCAUACAGAAGCUGUCCAGGCAGCUCUUGCUAAACACAAAGAAAGGAAGAUGGCAGUCCCCAUGCCUUCCAAACGAAGAUCCCUGGUUGUACAGACCUCCAUGGAUGCCUACACUCCCCCAGAUACCUCUUCCGGUUCAGAAGAUGAAGGCUCAGUGCAGGGUGAUUCCCAGGGAACCCCCACUUCUAGCCAGGGCAGCAUCAACAUGGAGCAUUGGAUCAGUCAGGCCAUCCAUGGCUCUACCACAUCAACAACCUCCUCCUCCUCCACUCAGAGUGGGGGCAGUGGGGCAGCACACCGGCUGGCAGAUGUCAUGGCCCAGACACACAUAGAAAAUCAUUCUGCACCUCCUGAUGUAACCACAUACACCUCAGAACACUCAAUACAAGUGGAAAGGCCACAGGGCUCUACCACAUCCCGGACAGCACCAAAGUAUGGCAAUGCUGAGCUCAUGGAGACUGGGGAUGGUGUACCAGUAAGUAGCCGGGUAUCAGCAAAAAUUCAGCAGCUUGUCAAUACCCUUAAACGACCGAAGAGACCACCAUUACGGGAAUUCUUUGUUGAUGACUUUGAGGAAUUGUUAGAAGUUCAACAACCAGAUCCAAACCAACCAAAGCCAGAGGGCGCCCAGAUGCUGGCCACAAGAGGGGAGCAGUUGGGAGUCGUCACAAACUGGCCACCCUCUUUAGAAGCUGCACUACAACGAUGGGGGACCAUCUCUCCGAAGGCUCCCUGCCUGACUACCAUGGACACAAAUGGCAAACCCCUGUACAUCCUCACUUACGGCAAACUAUGGACAAGAAGUAUGAAGGUUGCUUACAACAUUCUACAUAAAUUAGGUACAAAGCAAGAACCUAUGGUACGGCCUGGAGACAGGGUGGCGCUAGUGUUCCCAAACAAUGACCCUGCUGCUUUCAUGGUGGCCUUCUAUGGUUGCUUGCUGGCUGAAGUUGUUCCUGUCCCCAUUGAAGUGCCACUCACAAGAAAGGAUGCAGGGAGCCAACAGAUAGGUUUCUUGCUUGGAAGCUGUGGAGUAACUGUUGCCUUGACUAGUGAUGCCUGUCACAAAGGACUGCCAAAAAGCCCAACAGGAGAGAUCCCACAGUUCAAAGGUUGGCCAAAGCUGCUAUGGUUUGUCACAGAAUCAAAACACCUCUCUAAACCUCCUCGGGAUUGGUUUCCACACAUCAAAGAUGCUAAUAACGACACAGCUUAUAUUGAGUAUAAGACGUGUAAAGACGGAAGUGUUCUUGGUGUGACAGUGACGAGGAUAGCGCUGCUGACACACUGCCAGGCACUUACACAGGCCUGCGGCUAUACAGAAGCUGAAACCAUUGUGAAUGUUCUAGACUUCAAGAAGGAUGUGGGACUCUGGCAUGGCAUACUGACAAGUGUCAUGAACAUGAUGCACGUCAUCAGCAUCCCAUACGCGCUGAUGAAGGUAAACCCCCUCUCCUGGAUCCAGAAGGUCUGCCAGUAUAAAGCAAAAGUGGCUUGUGUGAAAUCAAGAGACAUGCACUGGGCACUUGUAGCACACAGAGAUCAGAGAGAUGUCAACCUGUCCUCCCUGCGCAUGUUAAUAGUGGCCGAUGGAGCAAAUCCCUGGUCUAUUUCUUCUUGUGAUGCGUUUCUCAAUGUCUUCCAGAGUAAAGGCCUUCGACAGGAGGUCAUCUGUCCCUGUGCCAGCUCACCAGAGGCCCUCACUGUGGCAAUCCGGAGGCCUACAGAUGACAGCAACCAGCCACCAGGGCGAGGUGUGCUAUCCAUGCAUGGGCUGACCUAUGGUGUGAUCCGUGUGGAUUCCGAGGAGAAGCUGUCCGUGCUCACCGUGCAGGAUGUCGGCCUUGUCAUGCCUGGAGCCAUCAUGUGUUCAGUGAAGCCGGAUGGGGUGCCUCAGCUGUGCAGGACGGAUGAAAUUGGGGAGCUCUGUGUCUGUGCAGUUGCCACAGGAACGUCAUAUUAUGGUCUCUCGGGCAUGACCAAGAACACCUUUGAGGUAUUUCCCAUGACAAGCUCUGGGGCUCCAAUCAGUGAAUACCCAUUCAUAAGGACAGGUUUGCUGGGAUUUGUUGGUCCUGGGGGCCUCGUCUUUGUUGUGGGUAAGAUGGACGGCCUGAUGGUAGUGAGUGGACGAAGACACAAUGCAGAUGACAUUGUGGCCACAGCCCUAGCUGUAGAGCCCAUGAAGUUUGUCUACAGAGGAAGGAUAGCUGUGUUCUCAGUGACUGUCCUUCAUGAUGAAAGGAUAGUGAUUGUGGCUGAGCAGAGGCCGGAUUCCACAGAAGAAGACAGUUUCCAGUGGAUGAGCAGAGUACUCCAGGCAAUUGACAGUAUACAUCAAGUUGGAGUUUAUUGCCUGGCCUUAGUCCCAGCAAAUACCCUUCCCAAAACCCCACUUGGUGGCAUCCAUUUGUCAGAAACAAAGCAGCUUUUCCUGGAGGGCUCCCUUCACCCCUGCAAUGUCCUGAUGUGCCCACACACCUGUGUCACAAAUUUACCGAAACCUCGGCAGAAGCAGCCAGAAAUUGGCCCUGCCUCAGUGAUGGUGGGAAACCUAGUGUCUGGGAAGAGGAUUGCCCAGGCUAGUGGCAGAGACCUGGGUCAGAUAGAAGACAAUGACCAGGCCCGGAAGGUGAGAACCGAGUUCCUAUUCCUCUCAGAGGUCUUACAGUGGAGAGCGCAGACCACUCCAGACCACCUGCUGUACACUCUGCUCAAUUGUCGGGGAACAAUCGCAAAUUCCUUGACGUGUGUUCAACUCCACAAGCGUGCAGAAAAGAUAGCAGUGAUGCUGAUGGAGAGGGGCCACCUGCAGGACGGAGACCACGUGGCAUUAGUCUACCCUCCAGGAAUAGACCUUAUUGCUGCAUUUUAUGGUUGCCUGUAUGCGGGCUGUGUGCCAAUCACCGUGCGACCUCCACAUCCACAGAACAUUGCAACAACAUUGCCUACAGUCAAGAUGAUCGUAGAGGUGAGUCGGUCUGCUUGUCUCAUGACAACACAAUUGAUUUGUAAACUGCUUCGGUCCAGAGAGGCAGCAGCAGCUGUAGAUGUCAGGACAUGGCCCCUCAUACUGGACACAGAUGAUUUGCCAAAGAAGCGGCCUGCCCAGAUCUACAAACCUUCCAACCCAGACACACUGGCUUACCUUGACUUUAGUGUGUCCACAACUGGGAUGCUAGCUGGUGUAAAGAUGUCUCAUGCAGCCACCAGUGCCUUUUGCCGUUCUAUUAAGCUGCAGUGUGAACUUUACCCUUCUAGAGAAGUGGCCAUCUGUCUGGACCCUUACUGUGGACUUGGGUUUGUCCUCUGGUGUCUCUGCAGUGUAUACUCAGGGCACCAGUCCAUUCUGAUCCCACCUUCUGAGCUGGAGACCAAUCCUGCCUUGUGGCUUCUUGCUGUGAGUCAGUACAAAGUCCGGGAUACCUUCUGUUCCUAUUCAGUGAUGGAGCUUUGCACCAAAGGGCUGGGCUCACAAACUGAGUCCCUUAAGGCACGAGGACUGGACUUGUCCCGAGUAAGAACCUGUGUGGUUGUGGCAGAAGAGCGUCCCCGAAUCGCUCUUACACAGUCCUUCUCAAAGCUCUUUAAGGACUUGGGCCUCCACCCACGAGCUGUUAGCACUUCAUUUGGCUGCAGAGUGAACCUGGCAAUUUGCUUACAGCCCCACAGGCUGUGGACACUGGCCGAGCAGGGGACAUCAGGACCUGACCCCACCACUGUCUAUGUUGACAUGAGAGCCCUGAGACAUGACAGAGUCCGGUUGGUAGAAAGGGGAUCCCCUCACAGCUUACCUCUGAUGGAGUCUGGAAAAAUACUUCCUGGAGUCCGGAUCAUUAUUGCCAAUCCAGAAACGAAAGGCCCCCUGGGGGACUCCCACCUUGGAGAGAUCUGGGUCCACAGCGCCCACAAUGCCAGUGGCUAUUUUACCAUUUAUGGAGAUGAAUCUCUGCAGUCCGAUCAUUUCAACUCCCGGUUGAGUUUUGGAGACACCCAGACCAUCUGGGCCCGAACAGGCUACCUGGGCUUCCUGCGGAGAACUGAGCUCACAGAUGCAAAUGGAGAGCGCCAUGAUGCCCUCUAUGUGGUAGGAGCACUGGAUGAAGCCAUGGAGCUGCGGGGCAUGAGGUACCACCCAAUAGACAUAGAGACUUCAGUCAUCAGAGCCCACAAAAGUGUCACAGAAUGUGCUGUCUUUACCUGGACAAACCUGCUAGUGGUUGUGGUUGAACUGGAUGGGUCAGAGCAGGAAGCCUUGGACUUGGUUCCCUUGGUGACCAAUGUGGUCCUGGAAGAGCAUUACCUGAUUGUAGGCGUAGUAGUCGUGGUAGACAUCGGUGUCAUCCCCAUCAACUCCCGGGGAGAAAAACAGCGGAUGCACCUACGGGACGGGUUCUUGGCCGACCAGCUGGAUCCCAUCUACGUGGCCUAUAACAUGUAGUCUCAUCACCUUGGUUUCCACAGACUUUCUACGGACGUGACCGUUUUUCUUUCUUUCUUUCUUCUUUUCUUCUCAGUGUCCACAGAGACAUACAGACACUCGGGCCACACUCAAAGGAGGAGCCUGAUACGGUGGGGGUUUGGGGUAGGACUUCUAGGAGCAAUCGCCCUGGCAUGGAGAUGAAAUGUGAAUUUAUGCUGGAUUUUGCUCAGAAGGACUUUGGAUCACUGCCUUCAGUUUGCUGGAAAAGAUCAUUUUAAGAACUUUCUUUCCUCCUUUUUUCUUUUUUGUUUUUUAAUUAUUGGAUAAGAAGUGCUCUCUUCGUAAAUGUGGUAUUUUGUUAAGCCGAAAUAGCAAUUAAAAAGAAUAUUCUACCCUUCAAAUGGGUUCUUUUAAACAAUUUAUGUAGUGUGACAAAGAAUUGUUUUUUCUGUUUUAAUGUGUCAUGGAAUCUUACUGACAUGGAUCUGUUACUAAUUUAAGCCAUCCCUAGAUCUCACCCUUCUAGGAGAGUUUAUUGAGGUACGAGAACCUUCCAGGUAGCACCUUCCGAUUAGAUUUUAGCAGCUUUCUUUGUCAGAGACACGCUGAAGAAGCAGAGGCCAGUUUAUGGCCUUUGAAGUUAACAUAGAACGAGGAUCGAUUAUAAAUAAGGUAUUUCGGCAACUAUCUUGCAGAUAUCUUUGUACUAAACUAAAAAGAUAAAAAUAAGUUAACUUCCUCAAUAUGUAAUUAUGUACAAAAUGUUUAAUUUAUUUUGAUCUCUUUAGAAGUAUAAAAGAGAAAAAACAUUCAAGAAUAUUAAAGUCUUGUAAUGUUUGCUAAUAUAAAAAAGUGUUGUAUUAUCUUGCGUGGAUAGUAUCACAACAAAUAUAUAUAUAUGAACUAUAAAUUCACUAAUGAACAAAGGAGAUUUUAAAGUUUAAAUGCAGAACUUGUCACUUGCAUGGUGCGCCCUCCACUGUACUCACACACACGUGGCUGUUUCCGAGCAAUCGCAGAGCCAGGAACCCUGUCUUAGACCAGAGACCAGCAAGUGGGGUCACCGCCGUCUCUGAGAUGGUGAAGGGACUUAAUGCUAACGUGCACUAUAUUUUCCUUUGCUGUGAGGACGACAGUGAAUGCUUUCGUGCCAGCAUGUGCCAAUGACAUUGAGGGGCUUCAGGUUGGCAAACAGCACUGUUUUCUCAGCUGCAAGAAUUUGUUGCAUAAUGUCAAUUUUAUUUUAUUUUAGCAUUUUUGUGUCACUUUUUAUAAUUUUUGUUGUUGUUGUCCCUUGAUAUGAAAAGAUUGACACCCUGUAGUCAUUUGCAUCAGGUGUCAUUAAUUUACCCUUUCCAGUGGCCAAUGCAAGCAAAUAGAUGUCCAGAACACCUUUGAGGGAAAAGCUAGCUAUGUGUGAUGUCUUCUUGACUGUGUAGACCCAGCCAACUCUGAUCCUCUAAUCUUGGGAACUUCCUAGCUUGGCCCUGAGUAGCCACUAUUCCAGGGACUUAAAACAGCAAGGAGUCCUGCCAGCUUCAUCCUUGUGCUAGCUGUUGGGGAACUGAUCCCUGGUGACCUGUGCCUAUAUUUUCAUGUGCACAGCUUGGCCGCAGUAUCCUUGUCUGCAUCUGACCAAGGAGAAAGGUAUCAGCAAUACAAGACAAUGUUUACUUUGUAAUUGGCACAGUAUGGCUGGCACAGUAUGGCUGGCACAGUAUGGCUUCAGUGGCUCCCCGUAUGAAAUAAACCUAAAAUUGUUGCUAGACAGAAAUGAGUUCCUGAUUGCUUUAUGGGCGAACUCCUUGUCUGCCUUAGUUACGUGCUGCCAACAGUAAGUCCUUUGCUAAAAGAGAGUUUUCUUUGACUUCUGAGAUCCAAGGCUGAUUUGGUUUUGUUUGUUAUUUAAGUGGUACAUUUCUUUUAAAAUUUACAUAUGUAAAGCAUUCUUCAUCUCCAUAAAUCAUUUAAUUUUUCAAAUAUUGUUUGCUCAUUGCUAUAUGUUUCUGCAUGUUUCAAAUACACAUUCCUACAGUUUGCAGCUUCCAGGGAGGGGAAAUCCCUGCCACAUAGGGAAAAUUUUUUGACACAUGCAUUUGCACCCCCCAUACAGCCCUCCCCCCCCCACCCCUCUCUCAAAGGGAACUUGGUUUAACAUUUCAGAUAGGAUACUGAUUGGUAACCAUCCAUUGCAGAGUAUAGGAAACCUUCCGUCUGGCUGAUGUGAGGAAGCAAAGCAAAUGUCACUCAAAACCUACUCUUAACUUUUCACCACAUCAACUUCACACCCAAGGAGGGCGAAGGCUGCAGCACAGGUUGCAAAAGCCGAUCCCAGCAGGUCUCUUCUGCAUCCUGUCAUCUGUGACAGGAGACUUUAGGUUUGAAAGAGUUGGUGGACUGGGUUGGAAGCUUAGUUGUGCAAGAAAAAGGAAAGGAGACACUUAAGUACCACCAGUUUCAGCAAUAAAGAAGGAUCGUUGUGUAUUAGAAACCGUACUGUAGAUAAAUCAUUCAUGAGAAUGUUUUUUAAAAAAAAAUGUUUGUCUUGUGACCAUGUGCUUUUGGAGUCAGCCAAAACCAUGUAAUCAACUUGCACAAAAAGAGGGUACACAAGGACAUUGAGACACAGACCCAUCGAGCAGGAGCAGAUUCCUCAUGGUGCUUGUCUAUUAUACAUAUUUAACCCUGCUUGACACUUUACCCAAGGGGACGGUCCCUUUAUCAGUUGAAUGUUAGCAGCGUUAUUUCAGAGUGUGGUGACUGGUUAGAGAAAACUCGUGUACUCAACCAAUCACAGUUUCAAACAAAAUUUUUAUGUGCAAAGGACAGCAACCUUCUUGUAUGUUCAACCACCAGUACGCUUUGUACAUCUGUGAUAACGCCUGUUUUAUAUUCAAAUGAACAAAUAAAAGCUUUUAUUUUUGUUGCUCUGAAAA